UUCGCGGAUCGGCGCUUCCUUUUCCGGCGGUGUGAGUGGAGGUUCGCGGCAGGUCAAUGGCGGCCGGUGGCAGCGAUCCGCGGGCUGGUGAUGUAGAGGAGGAUGCCUCACAACUCAUUUUUCCCAAAGAGUUUGAAACAGCUGAGACGCUUCUAAAUUCAGAAGUUCACAUGCUUCUGGAGCAUCGAAAGCAACAGAAUGAGAGUGCAGAGGAUGAACAGGAACUUUCUGAGGUCUUCAUGAAAACUUUAAACUACACAGCCCGUUUCAGUCGUUUCAAAAACAGAGAAACCAUUGCCAGUGUACGUAGCUUGCUGCUCCAGAAGAAGCUUCAUAAGUUUGAGUUGGCCUGUUUGGCCAACCUUUGUCCAGAGACUGCUGAGGAGUCCAAGGCUCUGAUUCCAAGCCUGGAGGGCCGAUUUGAAGAUGAGGAGCUACAGCAGAUUCUUGAUGAUAUCCAGACCAAGCGCAGCUUUCAGUAUUAAUCUCCAGAUAUCCCUGCUGCUGGGGGAGCCACAGGACAUCUGUGACAGGGUCUGGGACUGGCUGGCACAAUUCUAUUGCAGAAGACACUUGGGCUUCCUUUGGUUGUUAGAACAACCCAGAACUUGGUCUUGGUUGAGAACCAGGCUGUUUCACACUUGACUGUUGGACCAUGAUAACCACUGUAACCCUGGGAGGCUUUGCAGUGGCUGCCUGAGCUUAUUGACUACUGACUGCUUCAUAUCAUGGUUUUUGGCCCUUUUGUUUUAUUUUUUGAUUUGUAACAUUUUAGGUUUAAUUUCAGUGUGUUUAUAACUUUUGAAACUAUACUAGAACAUAUAAAACUGGUGUGGGAAACAGUCUUACCUAAAUGCAAAAGGAGAAAUUAAACCAGA